AUGUCUUGGAACUCAGACGCCUAUAAAAAUCGAGGUGUAGACAGUGGUCUCAGUGAAAUGUUCGGAAUCGACGACGGUAACUCGAAAUCCUCAUCGACCACCUCUACAAAAACCCCUUCUUCAAAGCAACAAGCGAUUGAAUUGAAAGGAACGACCGAACAAAUGAUUGCACAAUUGGACGAAUAUUUGAAGAAGGGUGUGAUCAAUCGAAUUCAAUAUGAACAAUUUAAAAAACAAAUUACUCAAUAG